UUUAUGCAGUUUGUGUUCGUCUCACUUUAGCGAAUUUAAUGUGAAUUAUGUAAAAUGAAAUACAAAAUGUGUAUCGUAAUUAAUGAAAUUAUAUCAUAAUAAAGAUUACUGUACAAAAAAUUCUUGUACAUCACUGUUAACCAUCACAAACAGUCAUGUCGACCAAAAGAGCUACAGAAAUAAAAGGCAAUGAGAUCGAUAAAAUCAAACGUCGUCAUAAACCUGACGACACUGUUAUUGCGACAGUGAUAAAUAGAAGUAGUGAAGAUACAAUACCCUAUAUAAAAAUGGAGGAAGAGGAUGAAUGCUCUGAAAAACCUACGGAUCUGUGUUUGCAAGGAAACUCUCACUUGAUGUCAAGUACAACAAGCAGUUUAGCUGACACACCUGGUGAUUCUGGUGUUUUGUGCCUUGAUAGCGAAGCUUCCGAAGCUACAAGUCAGGCCCUCAUGACCCACAGUCUUGUUGGUGCAGAGGAGUUAGCUUGCGAUAGUAUUUACGAUGCAUUACCUUCAUGUUCCCAAGACAUGAUCAAAAGCACCACCAGCAGUGUCAUGACCAACAGUGACAUAGAUAACCAAAAUGUAGGUCGCGAUGAUAUUGUUCCCGAAUUACUUGUUGAAACAAACAAAAAACCACCAGUGUAUGAAAAUUUACCUGAUGUGGUUUUAAAAGCUUUAGAAAGUGAAAAAGUCAGUACUGAAGAGGUAAGAAAGCCAGCAUUGAGGACUACUGAACCAAAGAAGUCAUUAUCAGAAGAUAUAGUGUAUAGGAGGAGAUGUAGAAAGAAGUCACAAAGUGGACCUAGUUCACAGAAGAAACGUGUUUCAUUUCAUGAAGACAUUCUUAAUAAUACUAAAACUGAUAACAUUCAUAUAGAGAGAGGCUUUAUAUCAUAUAGACCAGACAACUCACACUGUGAUAGAUUUAGACAGAAGAAUACAGUUGCUAAUGAUAGGUUUUCUUGGUGUGCCUCCGGUGACCAGGCUCCAAAAUUUGCAGCUGAUGUUGCUCAACAAACUAUGUCUGAUAUACUCGGUUAUGGUGAUUCUAAACAUGACAGAAGUGGUAUAUUUGAAUACUGUCAGCCUCGUGAAUCAAAUAAUGUUAAUACAAACAAAGAUAAAGACAAUAAUAAUGUGGCACCACGGAAUGGAAAGCUGUAUGGUUGUGAUUCUAAUAGCUCUGAUUCUAAUUUUAGCUGUGACUCUGAAUCAUCAUCAAGCGACUCCUCAUCAUCGCAUUCCAAUAAAACGGAAACAUCACCUGUUCACAGGAAAUGUGAUAAAACUCAAAAGUCUUAUUCAUGUGAUGAAUUUUCUAACAACGGUCAUGUUGCAUUUAUGAGGAAAACAUAUUUUUCUGAAGCAGAUAUAGACCAAAAUCAUGACAGAAUGAAGAAACCAUUAGAAGUGUCACAAAGUCCUAUAACAGUUAAGUCUGUUCUGAAAAAGAAACGUUACAUAACAACUAAUGUUGUUGAAGAAAGGAAACAAAAUAAUAAAGUUCUUAGUUUACUAGAUGCAAACAACAUCAUAGAUUCUCUUAAGAAUUUUUAUAGAAAUUUUAAUUUCAAUUUCAUUCCUGAAAAAGGUCUUCCAGAAACUAGUUUUGAAAUAAACAAUGUUGUUGAAGCUCUACCCUGUGAUGUAAAUCAAAACAGAAAUUUAUCUAAAAGCCUUGAUUCAGGAUUUCAAAUUGAUGAUGAUGAUGAUUUCGUCGAAAUCAAUCUCAAUCCACAACAAAAUGUAGAAAAGCCUAAACAAAUACCUAAUAGUUCUAAAAAUCCUGUUUCCGGAGAUAGAACUCCUAAUGAAGGGUCUCCCCGUCACAAACUUACAUUGAAUAUGAAGGCACAAACUGAUAAAAAACUAGGCAACAAAGCUGAUGCCUUCCCACCUUUAAGCAAAUACGUUGUUAACUGUGAGAGCACAGUUUAUGAACACAAAGGUGUAUCAUACAGUUAUGUUCAUGAUACAUUUCAAACAGCAUUUGAUGCACCUAAGGAAACAUUUGUCCCUAUACCUGAGACCACACCGGUUAUGGAAAUUGUUACAAGUGCAAGUAAGACUGAAUUAAAUAUGAAACAAGGUGAUGACACAUCUAGUAAAACAUCAACACCGAAGCGGCAGUUUAAUAAAAAUGUUCAAGACGAGACAGAACAAAAGAACGGCGUAUCAAAACACUUGUCCUCGCCAAAGAAACAAAACGUAAACAGAUAUAGUCGUAAAUUCGCCUCUACUGUACAAAAGAAUGAUGAUUCAACUCAGGCAAAUAGUGAUAACUGUUCGAAUACUGACAAUUCGACAUUAAAAGGUGCUGAUGAUUUUAACGAUGAAUUUUUCGAUAGUCCAGCAAACCAAAAACUACAAUCCAAUAAAUCGGCUCUACUCAAUAGGUACCUGAAGAAUGUUUGCCAAAAGAAGGACUUAGAACUUAAAAUUAGAAACAAUAAAUUCUUCCAAUUUAAAUUACGUAUGGAGAAAGAGUUUCCUAGCAUUAUAUAUCCUUUUAAAAAUGUGUCUGAUACAUUUCCUAUGUCCGCUGAGAGGAUGUCGCGUCUCAUAGACAAAGAGGUUGUGGAGAACAAAAGGCUUUCUGUGCGGUUGCUGACAGCCGACGAGCCUUCAUACUUUGAUAGCUUUGAAGACAACGUCGCCAUUGAAUGUAGCGAGAAACUGAGGCUGCAGCUAUUUUCAUAUCCUAAUGAAACAUUGAAUAGGAUGAUGAAAGUACAGUCAGCUUACAACAUGGACGAUGGUUCGUGGACACCGUUGUUAGUGUUCAUCACAGAUUACGCAUUAUACGUAGCAGAUCUCAAGCCCGGUGGUACGGAAUACGAACUUUUAUGUCGGCUACCUCACAAUGAACUGGAUGCUAUUGCGGUGGGUCCGGAAGCUCAGUACAUCCAAGUAAUAGACAUCGCUGGUAACAUAGCGUGUUCAGUUGUGACCGCGGAGGGUUCGCUGGGCGCUCGGCUGGCUUCCUCACUGGAAUGGAGCGCAAGAACCUCGCCACUGCGUAUAACUCGUCCUCCAGCGAUGCUGCCUCUAACAUGCAAACAACUCGCCGCCGCUGUUACAAGGAAACGACAUGAAAAACGGAUUCCAGAGAUCCUGUACUACGGGCGGGCGUGUUCGGGUGACGCGGGGGACAGGCUGAUUGAAGCCCCGGGGGCGUUCGCGCCGCCGCUGGAGGGCUACCUGAUGUGCAGGACAGAUAAGAGCAGGCGAUUUGAGCCUAGCUACUUCUUACUGAGAGCGGGCGUGCUCCACUGGGGUCCGCACUCACCUGACGGCUCCCCCUUGCCGCACAACAUCGCGCUCCGCUCAGUAGUGGGUGUGCGACGUCACGUGGACUCUACACGUCGGCCUCAUUGCUUCGAGAUAGCAUUAGGAGAUGCAAGCCGGCUGCUACUGGCAGCACCGGAUGAUCCCACCGCGUCCUCAUGGUUGCAGUCCUUGUUACUGCAUGCAGCACAGGCAUUAGAAGAGAAGGACGGCGCUAAGAAGGCAGAGCCCCGGUCUGGCGCGCCGCCGCCCGCCUGCACCGUGCUGGUCACCGCGCACGAGGUGGUCAGUGUCCGCGACACGCUGGACUCCGCCUUCGUAGCCGGCGCGGCCGCGUACCUCAAGGAUAGAGGCUCUGAUGCACUACUCAAAGAGUACAUAGAAGAUAUGAGAACGGACAUUGAAAUAUUGGCUUGCGGAUUCAUCAAAAAUCUCACGGCGUUUAAGAUUCCUGAUACAGACGAGAAUUGGUGCUGUUUGGAGUGGAGUGUGUGCGAAGCUCGCGAGCGCGGCGCGGGGCUGGCGCUGGUGCUGGCCAGCGGCGCGGAGCUGGAGCGGCUCAUCGCAGCGCUGGAGCUCGCCUACUGCAGCCUCACUAGCGAGCCGUUCCCUCUGAGCGUGGUGGAGGCUUGUAAGUCAGCGUGCAGCGUCGCUCACACCAAGUACGAGGCGGCCUGGGCGCACAUGCUGCCCGCACAGCACUAACCCGCCUUAUACCUGCGCAAGACAAGGUAAUACAUUACCAAGACAACACGUAUGAGACAAAAAUAUUACCAAGACAACUAAAAUGUAUAAGGCAUCACCAAGACAGGUAAGACAAGGAUUUUACCAAGACAUGAACGUGCGCACACCUUUGACUGUUUAGUCUUGCGUUGAUUCCUAUGAGAUUAUACGUAGGUGUGCUCAUUACUCCAUUUUUAGUUGUGAAACUAAACAUAUAAACAACAGAUAAAUUUGCUGCAAAGUUAUCGACAAUCGCAUCACAGUUGUGCGAUAAUUUAGUCAAAAGGUGUGCACCUGCUCUUAAGCAUAAGACAUAAAUGUAAAAAAAAGUUAAUGUAGGCGAAACAGAUAUUAUCCAAUUAAUGCAAUAACUAGAAUCAGAUUUAGAUUUAAAUCAUUAAUAAUCAAUUGAUGUUACAAUUUCUAAUCGAUGUUACAAAUGCUAAUGGAUAUUACAAUUUCUAAUGAAUGUUACAAUUUUAAAUGGAUGUUACAUUUUAUAAUCGAUGUAACACUGUACAUGGUGAAUGUCGGUAGCUACAUAUAAUUGUUUUUCAAUGGAUUAGUAAAAAAAAGCCUUAAACAUGACUUGUAAAUUCUCGUAAUAUGACAAUUUAUGGCAAUAUGAAGUGACUAAGAUCAUGGAAUUUUGCCACUUUAUUGUGACUAUAGCUUCGUUAUAAUAAUACUCAAUAAUCGCAUAAUAUCUUGUAUAUUGUAUGCCAAUCCCCUGUUAAACAGAGGCCAAGUGUUGAGCACAAUUUACUGUUAUUCUUAAUAACUAAACUGUUACAACGGAAUUGCACGGAAUCCAUAUAUAAGAAAAUUAUAAAGGCCUAAUACCGCGUAACAUCAUGUUAAAAUACUACAUUCAAAAAGAAAUAUCAAUAAUUUGUAUAAAACCUCAGAAAUAUGGCAAAAAGUAAGUUAGUAACUUCACUUAUGGUAAAAAAAAACUGUUUCACAAAAAUUUGAUUAUAUCUUAGAUUGCAAAAGUAUUUUAGUUCUGCGAUAUUUAAAAAUACAUCUGUCAAUUUGAACGUCAUAGAUUAAAAAAGUCUUUAUACUCUGUGUAAUUUCGUUGUAACGUUCGCUUUUUAAUAUAAGGAAUAAUAAUUAUAGUACGAUAAAAGCUAUAUAAGGUAUGUCUGUGUAUUUAGAUAGGCGGUUGGAACAUUUUCGUAGUGUUAGGUCACAAUAACAAUAAUUUCUAUUGAUUUUUUAAUUAAUGAUUUAUAAACAAUUCGAUUAUUUUAAUGAGUAUGUGUUCCCAAUGUUAUUUAUUAUUGUUUUAUUGUGAUAUAUUUUAGUUUUAUAAAUGAAUUCUUUAUAUUAUCGAAAUAUAGGUAAAAUACCCAGGAUUUAAGAUUAUAUCUUUUAAUAAAUCUAGUUUAGCAUUGAUGAAAUAAUAUUUGCUGUUUUAUAGGCCCAGUUUGCAUUAUUCCAGUUCGAAACUAGAGCUGGAAUCGUUCUAUGGACUGGAAUAAUGAAUAUUAAUAAAUAACUUUGUUUACUAUACAAUACUUUACUAUUAAAUUUAAGAAAAGGAAAUCAAUACUUUCUUAACAUUUGUGUUGUGUAUUAAAAAGAAAACGAUACUUCUUAAUAAUAAAUCAGUUACCUUCAAUGCCCUAUAUUGAUCUCGGCAACGCGUAGACUGUUAAUAUCGAAUAAGUACCUAUUAAUUUAAGUUUUUCUAUAGCUUUGUAGUAUUUAAAUAGUAAUAUGUAUUCCACAAUUACAUCACAAUUUAGUAUUUAGGGUCAUCGCAUAUUUGACAAAUACGUAUACGUUCUUACGCGCGUAUGUAACGUAUACGUUUUGCGAUGAAGGCAAAAUAUCAGAAACAUGAUAUCCACUGCUGUAAGACGCGUUUACAAAAUCAUAAAAGAAUGAUAAGGAUUGGCAAUAUCUUUACGCUCAUACGGCAGUGGAAACCAACUGUUUAUAUUGUAUAUAUUGAUAGUGCUUUACUGCUUUGGAUGAUUCUUAUAUUAAUGUCACAAUAGAUGAAAAGGUUAUUUCCCGCUCUUUCUUAAAGGAUUUGAUAGAAUUCUAGAUACUUUUGGAAGUAUUUGAUAUUUUUCUUUGUUAACUUCAUUAAGGUUAUGUGGUCGUUCAAGUGGAUGGAAAAUGAACAAGUUCACUCGAAAGUUUUGAAGCAAUAAGACUGCUUUGAGUGAUAGUCGCUGGCUUGGCUUGGAUAUUUUAAAAUUGAUACGAACAUAUGUUCUCGGAGCCUUUUGUAGCUUUAUUAUUUUAAAGCUAAUUUUAAUGGUUUCGUUGUUUUUAUUAUUGACUAUAGCCGUUCUUAUAUAAUAGGCUCGUUUAGUAAUAGACAUUUUCGAUUUUUAAUGUUCAAUUGAUUACGAAUUUUUCCUAUCGUAUUGUUAUCUAAAUGAGCCUAUCAUAUUUUGAUGGCUUUAUUUUUUGGUAUUAUUGCUUGUUUGGGCAGAUUGUUGUUAUCAGGUGGGAUUGUGGUUGCAAUAUUUGGUAAGGACUUUAUCGGGCUGGAGCACAAGCACUGCCUCUUGUUUUCAGUUGAGUUAAGACUACCGUAACAGUCGCAAAAACAUGUUAAUUUUUUGGUAGUGUGAACUCAUAGAAACACAUGCGUUCAAUUUUGUUAGCUAAAAGCUUCUUUGAAUCGUUUUUAAUGCAUAUUUUUAUGUUUAGAACAAUUAUUUUAUUCUCGUUUUCAUACUAAAAUCAAUCUACAUCAGGUAUCGUGUAUUUGUAUUAUCAGGCUGUUGUAAAGGCCAUGUGAUAUUAAUGUAUGUCUAGGAUAGGAUAUUGAAUCGAGCGUGCCUCAGAAGCCGGACCUUAUCCUUUGUCUUAAGGUUCAAUUUUGUAAAUCAUAACCUUUGAUUCCUUUACCAUCAGUUUCUUGCAUAAUAGAAUUGAAUAAUCUUAAGAAUACAUUUUUUUAUACUUUUUUUACUAUUUUCUUUUUUUAAAUGGUUGUAUAUGUGUACUUAAUAAUAAAAUA